AAACCUUACAACCAAAGAGGUGAACAAAACUGCAGAAAUUAACAAACUCUCUAAAAGACUUGAUGGGCUGGACACACAGAUCGAAAGCCAAAACAAAAAGACAAUCGCACAGGAAAAAGAACUCAGUGAAAAAAUGAACAAGAACAUUGGAUUGCAGAAAUUGGAAGAACUCACGACCAAACAAUUGGAAAUGGAGAAAUCGAUGCAGAAAAUCAACGAAACACUUAAAAAUGUGGCAUAUAAGAAAAUUGGUUCCAAGGGAUAUUUAAUACAGGAGACCGAAAGGCGAAGCUGGAAUGAUUCUCGGGCAUUUUGUAUGGAUUUGGGUGGUCACCUAGUCAGUCCGCAAAGCCAGUCGGAGUUGGAUGCCCUUGGCAAAGAAUUAAAAAUGGAUUCACAUUUAUACUGGAUGGGUGUCCAUGAUUUUUCCAAGGAGGGGGAGUUCGUGCUGGACAAAACUGGACAAAAAGCCAAGUUUCUAAAAUGGCGACAAAAUCCGGAUAACUAUAACAACGAAGAUUGCGUAGAAUUUGCGUACUCAGGGAAUCAGUGGGGCAUGAACGAUAACGCCUGCUCGACCCGACUAAACUUCGUUUGUGAGAGGCAACUCGUAUAA